UCAUGGUGUACAAUAUGCAUGUGAUGAUCAUGUUCAUAUUGGUGUCCUCAACAAAACUGCUACCAGUAUUUUCAUCAUAUAAUAAUUUCCCUAUAGCUGCUAAGUCCAGCUGCAACGAUACAUGCGGCAACAUACGCAUCCCCUUCCCUUUCGGCAUCUCAAAAAACUGCUACCUCGAUGAUCAAUUCGCGCUCACUUGCAACCACACAUCUUUCAAGCUCUUCUCGGGUCCUAUUGAAAUCACAGAUAUAUCCAUCGACGGUCAGAUCACGUUCCUGCAGUCCAUAGCGUAUCAAUGUUAUGAUAGCAAUGGCAUACAAUCUUCCAAUUUUAGUGAGGGAAUACAGCUUGGUAGCUACUUCACGGUGAACAAUACUGCCAAUAAGUUCACUAUGGUUGGGUGUUCUGCCAUCGCCGCUUUUGAGGGGACUACUAUUGCCAACCAGCCCUACGCAACGGCCGGCGCCUCCCUUUGCAGAUUGUUGGAAAUAUAAUAUGAGAGUUUCAAGAUUGUGGGAAAGUGUACCUUUAGGGACUCUAGGGAAUAUUUCAUUAAUAUGUAGAGUCCCAAGUUCAUUAGUUUCUAGGUACAUUUACUUCUAUAGUCCUAUAAAUAGGGAUGUUAUAUGUAUCACAAAAACAAUCCAAAAUCAAUCACAAUGUAGCCUUCAA